CCGCGCUCUCUUCUCUCUCCUCGCGACGCCGCCGUUGGGAGCCCUGCCCUGACCCCGGGAGAGCCCCAACCCUUAUCAAACCCUAAACCAGAAAACCUACCCCCCAAAAAAAUCCGCAAAAAAUCCCAGAAAAAAUCACCACCACCCGAUCGGAGAUGGCGGCGCAGGGGCAGCAGGCGGCGGCAGCGGCGGCUGGAUCCGCGUCCGAGUCCGGCGGCGGCUCCCCGGCGGCUCCGGCCGUGGCGGCGGCUGCCGGGGCGGCGUUCCCCGCGACCUCGCUGUACGUGGGCGACCUGCACGAGAGCGUGCAGGACGCGCAGCUGUUCGACGUCUUCAGCCAGGUCGGCGGUGUCGUCUCCGUCCGCGUCUGCAGGGACAUAAACUCCCGCAAGUCGCUCGGGUACGCCUACGUCAACUACAACAACCCGGCCGACGCUGCACGGGCCCUUGAACUGCUUAACUUCACUCCUAUCAAUGGAAAGCCUAUCAGGAUCAUGUAUUCUAACCGUGACCCCAGCUCGCGCAAAAGUGGCACAGGAAAUAUAUUUAUUAAGAAUCUUGAUAAAUCAAUAGACAACAAAGCUUUGUAUGACACGUUCUGUGCAUUUGGGAACAUCCUUUCAUGUAAAAUUGCUACAGACCCCUCGGGAGAAUCAAGGGGCUAUGGCUUUGUUCAGUUUGAGAGGGAUGAAUCUGCUCAGUCUGCUAUUGAUAAGCUUAAUGGAAUGCUUAUCAAUGACAAGAAAGUGUAUGUUGGACCUUUUGUUCGCAAGCAGGACCGUGAAAAUGUCUCCAGCAAUGUCAAGUUCAGCAAUGUUUAUGUGAAGAAUCUGUCUGAGACUGUAACUGAUGAUGAGUUGAAGGAGAUGUUUGGAAAAUAUGGAACCAUAACUAGUGCUGUUGUUAUGAGGGACACUGAUGGAAAAUCCAGGUGUUUUGGAUUUGUCAAUUUUGAAAAUGCUGAUGAUGCUGCUCAGGCUGUUCAAGAGUUGAAUGGCAAAGUAUUCAAUGAAAAGGAAUUGUAUGUUGGAAGAGCACAGAAGAAGUCAGAAAGAGAGAUGGAGUUGAAGGAGAAAUUUGAAAAGAAUAUUCAAGAAGUAACUGAGAAGUUCCAAAACACUAACUUGUAUCUGAAAAACUUAGAGGACAAUGUUGAUGAUGAGAAGUUGCGUGAACUCUUUGCUGACUAUGGCUCUAUUACUUCCUGCAAGGUUAUGCGGGAUUCAAAUGGUGUCAGCAGAGGGUCUGGAUUUGUUGCUUUCAAAUCCGCGGAUGAUGCUGCCCGCGCUCUCACUGAAAUGAAUGGUAAAAUGGUUGGAAGCAAGCCCCUUUAUGUAGCUCUUGCGCAGCGGAAAGAAGACAGGAAGGCAAAGCUACAGGCACAAUUUUCACAAAUGCGUCCUGUUGCAAUGGGACCUUCCGUUGGUCCUCGCAUGCCCAUGUUUCCACCUGGUGUUCCUGGAGUUGGUCAACAGCUGUUUUAUGGUCAGCCACCUCCAGCCUUCAUCAACCCUCAGGCUGGAUUUGCCUUCCAGCAACCUUUGAUGCCUGGGAUGAGGCCUGGGGGUCCAAUGCCAAACUUUAUGAUGCCAAUGGUUCAGCAAGGGCAGCAACCACAGCGUCCUGCUGGUAGGCGUGCUGGUGCUGGUGCUGGUGGAAUGCAGCAACCCAUGCCAAUGGGGGGUCAGCAACAGAUGUUCCCUAGAGGUGGGCGUGGGUACCGCUAUCCCACUGGACGUGGAAUGCCUGAUCCUGGCAUGCAUGGUAUUGGGGCUGUGAUGCCAUCUCCAUAUGAGAUGGGUGGGAUGCCAAUUAGAGAUGCUGGCGUGUCACAACCUGUUCCAAUUGGGGCACUAGCCACUGCGCUUGCCAACGCCCCACCGGAUCAGCAGAGGCUGAUGCUUGGUGAGAACCUGUAUCCUCUAGUUGAUCAGCUGGAGCAUGAGCAGGCUGCCAAGGUGACUGGCAUGCUUUUGGAGAUGGACCAGACGGAGGUCCUGCACCUGCUGGAGUCACCAGAUGCGCUCAAGGCCAAGGUUGCUGAAGCCAUGGAGGUCCUCCGCUCCGCCCAGCAUCUCCAGCCGACCAAUGCUUCCCCCGAGCAGCAGCUGGCUAAUCUGUCCCUGAAUGACGGCGUCGUCUCCAGCUGAAUGUGUCCGAUGACUUGAUAGAUUGGAGGCUGCUGGCAAUUUUUGCUUGAUACCUAUCCUAUCUAGAGUGCAAUGACUUGGUUUGCUUGGUUUAUUGGAGUUUUAGCUUGCUCUAUAAUUAGCUGAACUAGGGUUGGUCUAGAUUUGUCAUGGAUUGGUUGUUUUGGUUGUAUGGAUAUGUUGUUUCAUCGAAGAUGUCGGGUUAUCACCAAAUUUAUUACUGUUCUUUAUUCGGCGUCGUUGUUCGUUA